GCUGGUUUUCGCGACCGAGUGGAAUCGCCGGUCUUUGCUGUGGCCACCUGAGCCUGCAGGAUGUUUCACGGGAUCCCAGCCACUCCGGGCAUGGGAGCACCUGGAAACAAGCCCGAGCUCUAUGAGGAAGUGAAACUGUACAAGAACGCCCGGGAGCGGGAGAAGUAUGACAACAUGGCGGAGCUGUUUGCAGUUGUGAAGACAAUGCAGGCUCUGGAGAAGGCGUACAUCAAGGACUGCGUCACCCCCAACGAGUACACUGCAGCCUGUUCCCGGCUCCUGGUCCAGUACAAAGCCGCCUUCCGGCAGGUUCAGGGCGCAGAAAUCAGCUCCAUUGAUGAAUUCUGCCGCAAGUUCCGUCUGGACUGCCCACUCGCCAUGGAGAGGAUCAAGGAGGACCGACCUAUCACCAUUAAGGAUGACAAGGGCAACCUGAACCGCUGCAUUGCCGAUGUUGUCUCGCUCUUCAUCACAGUGAUGGACAAACUGCGCCUGGAGAUCCGUGCCAUGGAUGAGAUCCAGCCUGACCUGCGGGAGCUGAUGGAGACGAUGCACCGCAUGAGCCACCUGCCCCCUGACUUCGAGGGCCGCCAGACCGUCAGCCAGUGGCUGCAGACCCUGAGCGGCAUGUCGGCCUCUGAUGAGCUGGAUGACUCCCAGGUGCGCCAGAUGCUCUUUGACCUGGAGUCGGCCUACAACGCCUUCAACCGCUUCCUGCAUGCCUGAGGCCUCCCUGUCCCGGGGGUCUGGGGAGGAGGGCUCUCAGGUGGGCCCAGUACAGGGCUGCAGGUGCGCUGCAUGCCUGACCCCCGGAUGGUCUGCAUGUGUGUCUGUCCAUGGUGUCUCAGCCCUGGAGCCUCCUCCCUGCCCUCCCUGGAAUAAAGACACUUUCUGAC